CUGGAAAAGAAAUCGAGACGAUGUUCGACCUCAAAGGAAAGUAGAAUCGAACAUCGAUUCAUCGAUCGAACAUCGUUCUUCCCGGCAUUCAGCAAGAAAUAAGGAUAGAACGUUCGCGGCUGACGCGAUCGCCAAGUGGAACUUACUCCGUGUUGACACGUCAAAUUGUCAAUUUUACAAUACGGAAUUCAAUUCCAACCUCCGAAUCGAACAGUGACGCUUAACCAAACUCUAAUAAUAUUUACCGAACAAUGGCAUUGGGAGAUUUGUCUGAUUAGACGUUUGGAGUCGGGAUUAAGAGAGCGAGAGAGGGAGAGAAAGACAAUUUUACAAUACACAUACUCGUGCUCCGCUCCGGGUUUCCUCGCGUCAUUAUGGCAUUUAAUCGUAAUUUCUAACACCAAGACAACACAUUUAUCGCUACAACACGAACAGGUCAGCGCGUUCCCGAUGAUUUCGGUUAUUUUACUGAUAAACUCUCGCGAUACUUCGUCGUAAAGCAUUUCGCUUUUCACAGUAGUGUUGAGGUUAGGCUUCUGUUCUAAUUUCACUCUUACGUUCAUUACCUUUCCCUUCCGCACGAAAUACGGACACGUACACGAUUUGCGUGAAAUUACGCAAGAAAGUGAAGAGAAAAGGCGAGAACACAUCGCGAGAAAUCUGCUCGGACUGUGCGAUGUGACUACUGUUUGACCGUUUGUGAACGAAAGAGAUUAACUCGCGAGCACAGAGGCCGAAGAUGCCGAGAUUCAGGAUGCUGCCUCGUACAUCGCAAAUCGUGGCUCUCUGCUCCGCCGCGAAUUUCAUCAACGCCGCAGACCGAGUCAUCAUGCCGAUCGCGAUCGUGCCAAUGACCGAUGAAUUUAAGUGGAAUCUGUACUGGCAAGGCUGGAUACUCUCUGCCUUCGCUUUCGGAUACUUUACCAGUCAGAUUAUCGGUGCUAGUACAGCGAGUCGCUUUGGUUGCAAGACAGUACUCAUGCUAGCGGUUCUGUUAUGGUCAAUUAGUACAGUGGUCACUCCGUUGCUAGCACAGUCUUUGCCAUUGUUGAUAGUUUGCAGGGUAGUUUUAGGACUCGGUGAAGGAUUAGGCCUACCAGUGAUAUUUCACUUAUUUGCCCAUAAUGUUCCUGUGGAGGAAAGAUCACGUGCUUUUGGUUAUUUGAUAGCUGCUGGCUCUGUUGGCCAAGUGGUCGCAUCUGUUAUAUGCCCACGCUUGGCAUGGCAAAGUGGAUUUUACCUAUUUGGGACUACAGGUAUUUUGUGGACUUUGUUGUGGCUGAUACUGUAUCAGGAAACUAACUCUCAGGACGAAAUACCGUUAUUUGUUCCUAAGGUAACUCAAAAUAGAAACUUGCGAUGGACCGAAUUUAUUGCUCAUUGGCCUCUCUGGGCUUUGUACAUAGCGCAUUUUGCAAUGAACUGGACUAAUUAUAUAAUAAUGCAAUGGCUGCCAACUUACUUGGCAAGAAAUCUGUCCGCGGAUAAGAGAAGCAUCAGCUUGACGGCUCUCCCUUACAUUGUUAACUCUCUUAUUGGUAUUGUUGCUGGUCAUAGUGCUGAUAGCUUGAUACAAAAGAGGUGGUCGGUAUUGUCCGUGAGAAGAUUAAUGACAAAUAUAGGCCUAGUAGGACCAGGUGCAUUCCUAUUGGCUUUCUGUGCCGUAGAUAAUCUCCUCGCGGCAGUCAUCUUCGUUUCGAUAUCCAUGGGCCUCUGUGCGUGCAAUUCUGCCGGGCAUCUCAGCAAUCACGCGGAUAUAGCUCCGAAUCAUGCGGGAGUUACAUUCGCAGUUUCAAAUACGAUUGCGACAGUACCUGGAAUUCUAUGCGGCCCGCUGACGGCCGAGCUAGUGACUGCCUCGCACGGCUGGUGGAUGCCGGUGUUUGUGUUAGCGGCCGCAAUUAAUUUCACUGGAGCUAUAAUAUACCAAAGCCACAGCUCGGCGCUUCCAGUAUUGUGAUAUGUUCUACCCUUCGGGCAACGGUUGCGCAUCGCCGAAGAGAAGGGAGCGUUUGAGUGUCCGUUGAAGACCAUGCAGAGAUGCAUAUUUGCAUUGAGUCUGUUAUGAGCGAUUUUCUAGUGUAUUAACUGUGAAUACCUGCGAAAGUUACACACCACAAACACUACACGCAUAUAUACAUAUACACUCGUACAUAUUUAUGCGGCGCGUUCGAUUCAUUACGCAUCGGCCAGUCGAUAACAUAUCAAGUUGCUGUAUUUAUAUUUUAAUUGAGUGAUCAUCAUUGAAUUAGUUGAAUGUGAUUUUCAGAAAUAGUGCCAUAGUCUCUAUUUAUAUAACAUGGAUGUACAGGACGAGAUUGGCUUGAAGGAUUAACCGAGGAUGUGUUUGCGAAAUUUAUUACGCGCUUUAAUUUAUAUUAUAUGUAUAUAUA